AACCUUACUUCUGUGGUUCAAUAUGGCGGUACACGAGUCAUUGGUGUUGUACACCACUGAUGACAAGUUUUAUGUUGAAGCCAGAGACGAGGGCACCAAAGAACUUCUAGUCAUUGAUAGACUGAGCCAAGAGAUAUCACUUGAACAAUCUUCAGGCCAGAUCCCACCGUUUGCCUCCAGUCGACCAAUAUGUGGGGUGAUGGGUACAAUACGCCUCUUGGCAGGCCCCUACUUGGUGGUCAUUACCAAGAAGUCAAAGGUUGGGGAAAUCAAUGGUCAGACCAUCUGGAAGGUCGCAGGUCAUGAAAUUUUGCCUUAUAAGAGGACAGUCAUGCAUCUGAAUGAACAGCAGCAACAGGAUAGCCGCACUUAUGAGUCCAUGGUUAACUACGUACUGGAGACCAACGAUUGUUUCUUCUCAACGACCUAUGACCUCACACAUUCUCUCCAGAGACUUUACAACACCAGUCCUGAAUUCCUGCAGAUGCCUCUGUUUGAGAGGGCUGACCAACGUUUUGUCUGGAAUGGUCAUUUAUUAAGAGAGCUGGCUUCUCAGCCUGAGUUAAGCCGUUUUGCAUUACCUGUCAUGUGUGGAUUUGUUGCUAUAAGAAUAGGUAUCUUGCAUGGAAAGCGUUUUGACUACAUUAUCAUCUCAAGAAGGAGUUGUUUCCGUGCCGGGACGAGAUAUUAUAUGAGAGGCUUGGACACACAAGGGCAUGUUGCCAACUUUGUGGAGACGGAGCAGAUUGUGCAAUGUAAUGGAUGGAGGGGGUCAUUCAUUCAGACAAGAGGCUCCAUACCACUCUACUGGUCCCAACGACCCAGCAUCAAAUACAAACCAAAGAUACUGAUAAGUGAAGCACAAAACCAUAUGGACGGCUUUAUGAGACAUCUAGACAGCCAGAUGGUCAGUUAUGGAGAUCAGGUUCUGGUCAAUCUAAUUGAUCACAGAGGGAUUGAGGACAGACUAGAGAAGUUUUUUGCGAAGGCUGUCAUUGAUUCACAGAACAAGAGUAUUAGGUAUGAAUCCUUCGACUUCCAUCAUGAAUGCCGUAAGAUGCGAUGGGACCGCCUCUCCAUCCUCAUGGACAGACUAGCAGCUGAUCAGGACAAGCAUGGGUGCUUCUUACUUAGUCCUUCCAAUCAGCUUCUCAAACAUCAGACUGGAGUCUUCCGAACCAACUGCAUGGACUGUCUGGAUCGUACCAACGUAGUGCAGAGUUUACUAGCAAGGAGAACACUCCAAGAACAAUUACAGAUGUUUGGUGUUCUAAAUGAGGGUGAGAGCUUGGAUAAUCAUCUUACGACAGCAUUUGAAAGCACCUUCAAAAACACCUGGGCAGACAAUGCUGAUUUCUGCUCCAGGCAGUAUGCGGGUACUGGAGCGCUUAAAACAGACUUCACUAGAACUGGUAAGCGCACACAUUUAGGAAUGUUGAAGGACUUGUACAACUCUAUGCUACGGUACUACAUGAACAACUUUGUUGAUGGAUACAGACAGGAUUCCAUUGACCUCUUCCUUGGCAACUACAUUGUGGAGGAGACAGAAGGCAUUGCGUCACCAUCUCCACUAAGAUCCAAGGGAGAUGCCCGGUUUAUGCUGCUUCCUGUCAUUUGCAUCGUGGCAUUCUCCAUGCUCAUCAUUAGCAUUCUCAUUCCAGCUGCUGACAUCUAUCUACAGCUAGCCUACGUCUUCUUCUGGAUGGCUGCCACAGCUGUGUGUCUUGGCCUUAUCUACUUUUAUGGAUUGGAGUUUGUGAAUCAACCCAAGUUGGCACAAGCCAAGGCCAAACUAGACUAAUCUGCAUCUCUACCAUAACCAGAGUAAGACAGUCUAAUACUUGAUAUCUAAUUGGAUCUGGUCAAGAAAAGGUUAGUGUUAGCCCAAAACCAGCUUAAACUUAACAAGGUUUAUUAAUACCACUUUAUCAUAAUUACUAGUUAGAGAACUCCAGUACCAAUUGUUUUGCAAUUGUAUGCAGCUGCUGGUAUCCAAAUCACUCUUUGGAAAAGGUGCAAAUGGUUCCCUCCCCAUAUUUAUACCCCAGAAUGUUUUAAUGAGUCAAUGUCAUGGUAAGAUGUAAUCUACACUUCUUAAAAAGAGGAGGGGGGGCUGUAUAUAAACAGCCAAGGACCUUGUACACUUUUAUAGAACUGAAAUUCAGGGGUAGAACAAAAAUAGGAGAUUGUAGGCUGUGGGCAACUGAAUGAACCCAUACCAAUAACCCCAAAAAGCAAAGGCUGAAAUUAUUUUGCGAUCAGGUUUGAUAUAUAUGUAAGGUUUGCCAACAUUUUACAAUUCAGCUUGAAGAAGAUAAUUGGCGUAAGAUUUCAGGUGCAUUGGUAAUGACAUGCAUUCCCUGUACUCAAAACUGCUACAAUUUGUAUACAAUAGUAAUAUAAAAACUAUUUUAAACACAUUGAAGUGUAGAAACUUUCAAUUUAUGUAUGCCAACAUAACUCCUUUUAAGAGACAAGAUGUGUGAUGGAUGUGUAUAGGCAUUUCAAACCAAAGUCAGGUAUAGUAACUUUGAAUUCUAUGAAAACGUUUCUGGAUCACAGGAAUGUGAGUGUUAAUGUAAGUUACAGUGGAAAUGCUGGUACAUUCUCUGUAACUUUGACAAAUCACAACAUUGCAUGCCUUUGUUGUCCCUGUUGUUAACCACUAUUUUACAAAUUUUUUUCACUGAUAACCCAUUCAACUAUUCAGCUUUUAAGUCUCCUUUAUUUCACCUGAGCACAUGUCGCCUUUCCACAUUGAAAUGAAAUCCAAGACAAGAUUUAUGGCACGGAUAUGUCUGUCAUGAUGUUAUUCAGCCUUUGAUAUACCAAUGUCAAAGCCUAUCUAGAUCUGUGGUGUUAAAUUCCUAGAAUAUUUGAGUACAUGGGUUAGUCUGAAUGACCAUUGUGCUGAACUGUUUUAUCCAUUGUGCUUUGGAAUUGCGAGGGUCAAACGUUUUCCGAUUUUUGUGGUUCAGGAGAAGCAGUAUGUCUCAUUUAAUAAAAUUAACUCAAUUUACUCUUGGACGGUUGUUUUUGGAAAACGGAUUAUUUGAAUCAUGAUCUUAAUACUGACGAGUUAAAAUCUUGCCAAAGUCAGCAGAACUGAGAUAGCUGAAUAUGUGAUUUGGAUCUUCAUUUAUUUGAUAGAUUCUGUAAUAGAAUUCGUUUCAUUCUUGAGCAGUUUCCAGUAAUUUCAUGUAUGAGAUGUUAAUGGUAAAGGUUGCAUAACCUGUGACACUGACAACAUGGCACCUAGUGAGCUUUCGUAGUUUUCGUGAUGACUCUUCUGGGGUUAUGAUCUUUCUUCUGGGGUUAUGAUCUUUCUUCUGGGGUUAUGAUCUUUCUUCACAUAUUUUUGUUGCAGAAAGUGUCAGAUAAUGGGAGGAUAUUAAACUUAAAAAUAUAGGACUGCAGGGGAUUUUUUUAUUUUUGUAAUCAGACACUGUUUUCUAAAGGUAAUAAUUACACCUUUGAAAAAUAGCAUCUGAACACAAAACAAAAAAAUCACAUUCAUUUUCUUAAUGAUUAUUUUCUUUGUAAUAAUAAUUUGGAUGCUCAUGUUAUAGCAUAUUUAAAUCACAAUAGAUACAUGUACUGUCUGCAUAUGGCAGUUAUACAUCUAGAAACAUGUCUCAGAGCAUGUGGUUAACAUGUGGAUUCAGUGUUUCUGGUAUAUAGUCUUUGCCACACAAUUUGCACUAAAAUGAUGGAAUAAAUAACUUAUUAUUUUUGGUUGUAAUACUUCCUGACCGGGUUGAGAGGUGAUGUUGACUGAACUCUGUCAGUUGGUUUUUAAAAUCUCCACGAGAUGUGUACUACACAUGAACGCCGCAUUAAAUUUGUAUUUAAAACCAUUGUCCCAAAAUUAAAAUAUUAUAUCGUGAAAAGCUAGUAUGUAAUUGUGUAGAAACACAGAAGCAGUAACGGCCACUGGAAACUUUUCAUGGGAGUUUAAAUCGUGUGAUGUUAAUAAUUUUUUGAAAUAAAAAUCUGUCCUAAAUGACAAAUAGCAGUGUAAAA